CAACGCUUCUAACCAGAACACGAUCUGGAAAAGUUGCUAAUUUGACACAAAUAUAAGCCAAGUAAAUCCCCGAGAAAUUUCGCAAAUAAGAUCAACAAUGGCGAAGUUAUUUUCCAUCUUUUUGUUCCUGGCUAUUAUUGGAUUCAUAACUGCAGGACCUAUAGAGGACCCAAAAGCUGCUGAAGAGGGGGAUCUUUCCACUGCUGAUUCCGUUGGUUACGGGUAUUACGCGGCUCCGGCUCCCAUUUAUUAUGGCGGCUAUGGCGGUGGCUAUAAAUACGGCGGUUAUUCCGGAUUUGGCGGUUACCACGGUUACGGCGGAUAUCGCAGUUACGGUGGCGGCUACUAUCGCCCUCGAAUUUAUCCUGUGUGGGGCUAAUUAAAUAAGCCAACUUAACGUUCCCAUAACCCAAAAUCCUAUGUAAUCGCACAAGUAACCAAAGAAAUUAUACAAGCCCCCUAAAAGUUAACCCUUUCACUGUCUUGCAACCAUAAUGAUGACGUCACUUGGAGUUUUUGACCCCAGACCACAAUUAACGCCGGCUUUAGUGCAAUAAAAACAAAACACUUUUAUGUACGAGUA